AUGAUUAUAAUUAUCCUUAUAUUUUUCCAUCGCGAUAUUAGUGUAUUGCCUUCAAUUGCCUAUACAUUUAGAGAUGGUCCGUGGCGUUUUUGUUGGAUCUUGUAUGGAAUCGAUCCAAGAAAAGAUUCAAAAUAUGCAAAAUAUCAGCAGGUUGAUACUCGUAAACCUGUUUCACCAGGAACCACCGUACAACCCGAAAGAAAUACUCGACUUACUAGAGGAAAUAACCCUUUCGCUGUUUCUGUAAAUACUGUUAAUUCAACCUCUGCAUCUGCAAAAUCUCAGGUAUUCUCAGCUGAAGCUACAGAACCUUCAACAAGAUCCGCGUUGUAUCAAUUGUGUGAUAUUGGUAAUGAAGACAUCAAGAGCAUUAUCAAUAAUCCAGCUUAUAUCAAAGAAGUUCCUACGAAACGAUCUGGAUACUAUUAUGACUGUGUGGCACAUUUUCUUCGAGACGCUGUACGUAGGAAAAUUGAGGAUGUGAAAGAUAGAAAUGACCAGGAAAGCUAUGAGAGCCUAGUAAAAAGCCUACCCGAGAAGGUUGAGAAAGAAAAAGAAGCUUUACUUUUAGGACAUUCAACUGAAGAAAUCGCAAAUGAUUUGGGUACAAUGUCCAAUAGCUUUAUCGACAGAAUCGAAAGAGGAGAUAUUUAUGCAGACGAUUCUGAUUAUGAGGAUAUUGAGGAUAUUGAAGAUAUUGAAGAAAUUGAAGAAGAUGAGGAUAUUGAGGAUAAUGGAAAUGAAGAUGACGACGAUGAAGAUGACGAUGAUGAUAUCGUACGUAGUAUCAAUAAGUUGGAUAAGGGCAAGAGAGUCCGUCUAGAAGAUUUGGAACUUGAUGAACUAUUGAAAUAA